AUGUCAUUAAAUAAACCUAAUAUCGAACAUAAUUUUACUUUGUUAACUGGUAAAGAAAAUACAGAAAAGGGAAAUGAUUGGGAAUUAAAAAUUGAAGAAGAAUUCAAACAAAUUGUAUCAAACUAUUUAGAUGAAAAUUCUAAAGCAAAAUUUAAUUUAAAUCAACAAUUUAAUUCCCUGGAUAAGGAAAAUAUAAACCUUGAAGAUAAUUCACUUGAUUUACUUCAAACUCAUUACCAAGAAAUUGAAAAGAUAAAAUUAAAUCAAAGAUUGGUUGCUAAACAUUUAAAAAAAAUCAAACUUCAACCGAUCGAUUUAUCGCAAUUAAAGCAAACUGUUUAUUCAAAUCCAACACUUGAAGAUUACUUUAAGAUAGUUGAAGAUUUAAAUAAGUUGGUUUGUUCAAUAAACGAAGACAAUAGGAUGAAAAUGAAAAACGAGGAAGAGUUGCAUAUUGUAACUGAUUAUCUUUUAAAUGAGAAAGCAAGUUUAAAAAAGACAGAGAAUUUAGAUAAGAAUAUUGAUAACCGGUUACAUUUAAGGUACUUCAAGCUGGAAAGUAGACAUAAUUGCUACCUGUCCGCCUCAAAUUAUUCAGUAUCCGAUACUGAAUCAGGUUCUGAAUAUACAUUUUGA